AUGGCUAAUCAGAAAAAUCUUUUCUUCUUAUGUUUCCUACUAGGUUUAGGGUUAUGUUCUGCAAGACGAGCACUUCUCUCCUCCUAUGAACCGGAGGAUGAAGUCGCUGGCUAUGGAGACAAGAGUAGUUUGCAUGUUGGUUAUGGUGUUGGAGUUGAUGUUGGUGGUGGUGUUGGUGGUGGCGGUGGAGAAGGAGGUGGUGCUGGUUACGGUGGAGCUGGCGGCAUUGGUGGAGGCGGAGGUGGUGGACAUGGUGGUGGUGCUGGCGGAGGUGGUGGUGGUGGUCCUGGAGGAGGAUCUGGUUAUGGAGGUGGAAGUGGUGAAGGUGGUGGAGCUGGAUACGGAGGCGGAGGAGCUGGGGGACAUGGUGGAGGUGGAGGAAGCGGAGGAGGUGGUGGUGGAGGAGCUGGCGGUGCACAUGGUGGUGGAUAUGGUGGUGGAGAAGGUGCUGGUGCUGGAGGAGGAUACGGAGGUGGUGGUGCAGGUGGACAUGGGGCCGGAGGUGGUGGAGGCGGUGGAACUGGAGGUGGUGGAGGAGGUGGCGGUGCACAUGGUGGUGGAUACGGUGGUGGAGAAGGCGCUGGUGCUGGAGGAGGAUAUGGAGGUGGCGGUGCAGGUGGACAUGGAGGUGGUGGAGGCGGUGGAAAAGGAGGUGGUGGAGGAGGAGGUUCUGGCGCUGGUGGAGCUCACGGUGGUGGUUACGGUGCCGGAGGUGGAGCUGGAGAGGGAUACGGUGGUGGUGGUGGUGAAGGAGGACAUGGUGGUGGAGGAGGCGGUGGUGGUGGAGCUGGAGGUGGCGGAGGAGGAGGUGGAGGUUAUGCAGCUGCUGGAUCUGGACACGGUGGUGGUGCUGGUAGCGGAGAAGGCGGUGGUGGCUAUUAA